AUGGUCGAGAAGUACGGGCGCCCUGGCCAGACCGACAACGAGGGCUUCGAUCCCUACGCGGACACCGUCGGGCCUGGCAUAUACGGUGGCAUCGUGAAGCGCGACCCCGGCACCGGCGAGGUUGUGAUUGGCCGCCAGUAUCAGAACCACAAUCCUCGGCCUGGGCCGGUGUAUGCUGGGGGCGGCUACACCCCGAUCAACAACGCGCUGCGGAAGGGCGAGGCGACCCUCCGGCCUCUGCUGGACAAGUACCCCGACCUCGUGGACGACGUCUCCACGGGGGGCGCGCGCCCGCUGCACAUGUGCGGCAUGGGCCGGGACAACCAGCACGCCGCCGCCUUCCUCAUCGAGCGAGGCGCCGACAUCGAGGCGCUGGACACCUACGGCAUGACGCCACUGCACCGCAUGGCGUCCAACAACCUGCCAGCCGGGGCCCGCGCCCUGCUGGAGGCCGGCGCGGACCCAGACCACGCGGGCGGGUGCUCGAGUCGGAUAGCGAAAAGUUGCAUCAACAUGUCUAUACACAUAUAUAUAUAUAUAUAUAUAUAUACACGUAUAUAUAUAUAUAUAUAUAUAUACAUGUGGGUAUACUGUCGAGCUUGGUUAAUUAGUUGGUCGACCCUGCUAAGUCAACGGUAUCGUUGUGUCCUGCGCUUCGCGGCCCAUGCAUUCUAUAUUAUGUUGGCAAUGUUGUCCUCGGAGAGGUCUUGGUUGACGGGGCGAGUACGAGGGUAA